UAUGUAUAUUUACCACCAAAGAAAAAAAAAAAAAAACUUCUCGUACUUCUUUUCCGUACGUGUACCUUCAUCUUGCAUGUGUACCUAUUAUUCUGACCUUUUUAAUCAAAUCUUUAUCAGUAGCGAAAGAGAUUGACAUAAGUGCCAGUGCUUACCAAUCGGUUACUUGAGCAUUAAAGAUUAAUUUUACUCGUGUCUUUGAAAAGAUUCAUUUUAAUCAUUAUGUUGCGAAGCCUAUCUUCCUAUUUUUAAAGAUAGCAGCCUUUGCUGCCUCUUAGACCAACAAAUUUGCGGAGAGGUGAAACCAGUGAAGAGGGAUAAAUAGACCUCAUUGGAAUGAAAAGAAAAAACAAAAGCAGAAAAGGGCAGACUUGCUGUUUUCCCACUUGAUAUCAUCCAUGAUCUAUAUUGUUACCUGUACUUUUAUUUUACUACUGAUCACUGUUAUCUCUGCUUCCGUAAGCGCUGCAGAAGCAAAGAACACCAUCAAAGUUCCGAUAAAAGCGAUCAAAGAAACAAAUACUAGCAGAGUCGAUCGUGUACACUCCAAGCUUCAAAAAAGAUUAGACGCAAGCGUGCCCUUAUUCAACUACCGUACUCAAUUUCUCGCGACCAUUGAUGUAGGCACUCCACCACAAAAAUUCAAUGUCGUUAUAGACACUGGAAGUGCUGAUCUUUGGAUACCAUCAAAAGAGUGCCCGGAUGAUUACUGCCCUUAUUAUACUUUCAAUUCAGCCAAGUCUUCGACGUAUCACGAUCUCAAGGAAAAGUUUGACAUAUUGUAUGGUUCAGCAUACGCUUCUGGAAAAUUUGUCACUGACGAUGUUACAUUAUCGGGAAUCACUGUAAAGAAUCAAAAACUUGCUCUGGUUACAAAAACAGAAGGUGUGCUCAAUGUGAAUACUUCAGUCUCAGCGAAAAUACAUCAGGACGGCAUCUUGGGCUUGGGAUAUCCCCAUUUAGUGACUGGAGCAAGGAGCUAUAAUCCUCUCUUAUUCAAUAUGAUGGAGCAACAUCUGAUACCACAACCUGUGUUUUCAAUCUAUAUGGGUAAUCAAUUGGACUCCGUCGGCUGGACUGGCGAAUUAAUGCUGGGUGGUGCAAACAACAAGAAAUACACAGGUGACAUUCAUUACGUACCUGUAAUGGCAGAUGAGAAGGAUAAACCUUUCACUUUAUGGCAGACGAACGUUCAAGGUUUCGGUGUAACGAACAAGGAUGGACAUAGAGUAGGACAAGCUCUUUUCAGAAAAUUAAGGAAGGCUGUUAUCGACAGCGGCACUACCUUGACCUAUAUUGAUAUGCAGAGUGCAAAGAGAUUACUGACUGCAUUCACGGGACAAACCACUUUCCAAAUCUUGGACGUGGGCAAGCUCUUCCGUAUAGAUUGCGACUAUUAUAAGGACACCAAAACCCGAUUUCAAAUGUACCUCUCACGCUACAAAGGGAAGACCGAUAAAUCAUCUGUUGUUGUAGAUGUACCAGCUUCGAGUCUUGUUAUUCCUUUAGAUACAGAAGACGUCAAAACCGCAAAGCUUUGCGGCUGGGGAAUUGUUGGUGUUUCCGGUCUCCAACAUUAUUUGAUCGGACAAAGCAUUCUCCGUAAUACGUACCUCACUUUUGAUAUGGAGGCCGAUCGCAUUGGUUUUGCUGCUGCUAUUGAUACAGGUGCCAAGAUUACAAAUUAGAAAUAAUUAUAUUUGAUUGUAGUAUAUGUCGAUCCUCCUUUAUGUGUGAUCAUACUUUACCAGUCGUAAACAUUCUAUGACCACAACGCAUGAAUAUAUAAAGUUCAAACGAGACACUGCUCCGUUUGAAUAGAAUGUCAUAUGAGUGAUUCAAAAAACUUAGGUAAUCCUUUCCCUGAUUUUUUCCAACAUAUGACGUAAUUGUACCAAUGUGUAAAAGUAAAAAGUUAAAAACCUGCAUUUGCUC